AUGUCGUCCAUCAGCGACCCCAGUUACGGGGUCAACAGAGAUCUCCUCCCUCAUGUCCAUCUCAUGUCCACCUAUCGAUACACCUUCAAGGCCCAGGUGCAGCCGCAGGAAGUCACCGCUUGGCUGAUGCAGGCGCCAAAGAUCGCUCGCGACACCGCACCCUUCUUCUGGACUUACGUCGACCGACCCGAACACGGACAUAUCAGUCUCAACUGGCAGCCGCUGCAGCUGAUGGGAACCAACUACGCCAGCGACGGUUUCAUAUGGCCUGCUCAAGAGUCCUAUUACCAGCAGGAAGUGGGCAACGGUGUGAUUCUGGAAAUGUACUAUCACAAGGCUGGGUUCGCAUACGGAGAGCCCAUGGCAACCCAUUCCCGCCGCCGCUUCCGAUUAAUUCCUCCGAAUGCCCCUAACCCAAACGCUCCCCAAGUCGACCCGAGUCUCUGGAUUGUACACUACGGCCCAAUCGACCACAACGAGCGAAUUCCCUCGCAAGCGAUCCGCGGCGAUGCUCGAACGGCGUCUAUUCUGGAGACUCGCCUUUACCUUCAGCGAUGCGGGCAGAUCCAGCGGAAAGAAUUCAUCCUAGGCGACCGAGUCAACUGGCCGCAGAUAAGCUGGCCUAGAGAGCUAUCGCGACAGCAGAUGUACCCUGCGAAUCGAGGCGUCCCUCAGGCUAUGGCCUAUCCCGCUCAUCCACCCGGCGCUGGCGGUCCGCCAUCUAAGCGUUCUCGGACCAACCAGUCUGCUCAUGGGCAAAUAGCUCCGAUGGCUGCCAUCGCCCAGUCAGAUAGCACUUACGAUGAUGACGAGGACACGUCUCGUGGCGAUCUCUUUGACCAUAUGACGCCUCGCGACAUCAGCCUGGUUCGCUAUCGUCAAAACCAUGAAUGGAUGGAGGAGAUCCUGUCUUCGCCGUAUAGAAUGGAUCAGAUUGGGUUUGCAGAUCUGGGCCUCGGGCUCAAGGGCGAACUCUCUGGUCUCACUGAUGGUAUAUAUGAGUCUUAUGGACCCGAGGCAACAACGAAACCGUCCUCGAAGCCUGCUACGACCCACUUGGACCCUGAGCUGGCUUCCGAAUUCACGAAGCGAGUAACCGAUCGCAUUGACUUUACAAAAGCGGAUAUUGAGAAGAUGAAAGCGGACCACGCGAAGAAGAUGGCCAAAUUCAAGCGCAACUCCUUGUUGACUACUGCUGAGAGAGAGCUACGAUCCGCUAUAGAUGACGCCGGCGAGGACGGCUUGCUUCUAGAAGGCCAGGUAGAGGAAAGCGAGGAGGGGGUGAACCAGUGGCCCUCCAAGCAUACCAAGAAGGUUGAGGACAUCGUUGCUCAAGUAGAAGCACACCUGGGCCGCCAGGCGGAGGUGAUUCAUGACUUGAAGAGGAUUCACAAAGGUGGCUACCAGGAGCCCGCCCCUGAACCUGCGCCCGACGCAUCUGUCCAUCAGCCCAGUGCGGGCGGUCCUCAAAUUGGUGUUGCAAAUGGAAGCAACACAAUGUCGCGUCAGCCGUCCCAUGCUGGCUCGCAACAGAGCGGCUUCAUGAUUGGCGACUCUGAUAUCGACAUGGGUGGAACGGCCGCAGGACUUCUGGAUCAGAUGCACGCGGGUGGUUCAUCAACCUCUACGCCCCAGCCACAGUUGUCGGCUGCUCAGUCCAGCGCCGCCACCCCUGCGAACCUGAACGUGCCCUCGCCGCGGCCGCCACACCCACAAGCGUCCGGCACGGCGGCCAAGCAGGGUGUUGAUGCGAAAAUGGACGGUACGGGGGCAACAACUGGGCAGCCGGCCGGAACCGCUCCUGACCAGGGGACAGGCAGCGGCGACUGGGUCGUGGUCCCCAAAGGCGGAGCUACUACACCGGACGCUGGGGCAGGCUCUGCUGCUGCUGCUGCUGCUGCUGCUGCGAGUGGCGCACCCCCAACGAAGGCGGCGGCGGGGAAUGCUAGCAAGCAGGACUCGGCGAUGGGGACGCCUUCGAUGGGGUUUGAAGGCGAUCAGAACGACUUUAGCGAGCUGGACGACUUGAACUCGGCGGGGGAUGCUCUGGCUGAGUUUGGCGCUGGCGACGACGAUGGGGGUAUGGAUGAGGAGGGUAUGGAUAUGAGUAUGGACGACUCGGCGUUCGGGGAUGCGUUCCAUGGCGUUGAGACGCGGGGGGGAGGGGAUACGCCUGCUGAUAGCAACUCGUAG